AACGAGGGCGUGCCUUCGUACGCUGUCAUUAGCAAGCGAACUGCUGUUAUUGCUUGUUGAUUCAUACAUUUUUGUGUUGUUUAAAUUUCAAAUUAAAUAGUUAUUUGUGUUCUAUUUUAAAGCAUUUGUUUACUCUAGUGUAAGGCAUAUAACCAUUGCAAUAUGGAUUCAUCAAGAAUUCUAGCGGCCCUUAUUUUAGUGUUCGCAUUGUUCAGUAGCUGUUCCGCCAUGGAGUGCUACGUGUGCUCGAACCAGACGGGCAACACGGAAAAGUGUCUCAACACCAUCAAGACAUGCAACCAGGGCGAGGAGGCCUGCCUGACGGAGAUCCGGUGGGGCAGUAUGCCGUACUUUUCGCUGGGAGCGCUGAAGCAGUUCUACGUCUCGAAGCGCUGCGCCACGAAAGAUGUGUGCGAGAAAACGCGCCGGAAGUAUAUGCCCUACUGUACGCACAUUUGGUACGAGGAUUGGGCCUGCUCGGAGUGCUGCCUGGGCGAGCGGUGCAACUAUUAUGUGAUUAGUGGUGCACCACCCCAAACCAUGUCACUGGCAGCUUUUCUGGGGACGAUGGUCUGCCUCGUAGUGGCUAGAUAUUUAUACAAUAUCUAAAUUCUCACAACAUACCACCUGGAGUAGUUCAACAACUCAACCAUCUGUCCAGUACUCGGGUAAAAUAAGGUAAAAGUGCAGCAAUUAGAACUGAUUGAGUCAUUCAAUCAGAAAAGACAAGAGAAAGUAUUUUGAUCUGCAACCGUAUGUGCCUAUUUUAAAUAACUAGUUUUAAAAUUAAAUCGUGAAUCUCGACCUUCGAAGUAACGAAUCCGUCCUCAAGGAGCGAAUUGUAUUAAAUAUAGUGAGACAAAUCAUGAGUUGCACAUUCCACUUUAGUUUUUAGCUAAGUUAGUUAAAGAAAAACGAACUAUGCUAUCGUUGUACUAAAUAUUUUUGUAACAAAAUCGAAUCUUAUGAGAAAAUAAACGUGACACAUUCCAAUUGGAA